UCAUGCGAACGAGGCUCUGUAAGGUGUGGGUUUCUUUCACAAAACAAAAAUGUUGAGUACAGCAAUCUGUGUCGCUAUUCUUUGCUUAUUAGCUGUUUCCUCGAUAUCACCCGUUCAAGGUAAACCUGCGAUUAUCGCACCGUUGCCAACAAAUAUUUAUGCGAUUCAGUUUGGAAGAGCUGAAGUAGGCUGCACUGUUAAGGAUACAGUAAACAAGCCCACUAAAAUAAACUUUGUGCGAACUAGUAAGUUUGGGGAUAUAGAUGUGAUUUACGAUGAAGGAAUAGGAGGACGUAUACAAUACAAGAACAAAACUGAGGAUGGUGGACAGAUAUUGACAUCAACAUUAGUUAUCAAUAAUGUCACACUGAAAGAUAGUUCAGAUUUUGGUGGAUACGAGUGUAUUGGAUAUAGUGGUAAUCAAAAGGAUGCCUAUGGAUUUACAAUUAAUGUUAUAAAUAGAAAUGAACUUCCAGGCAUAGCAGUAUCUGAGAACAAAACAGUUCAAUUUGGCACAGAGAUCAUCUUAAGCUGUAAUCUCACAUUAAAAAUGGAUGUUGAUACAACUAAACUACGCAAGUUGAUGUGGAUCAAAGGUGGUCAAGUCAUUGACGAAGUUCUUUAUCCCAAAGAACAGACACUGAAGUCCAGGAAAUUCAAAGUGUCUGAUCCAAGCGAUGGUGGACUGUAUUCAUGUCAUUUGAUUUCUAGGUUGAGAGACAGCUUAGACUAUAAUAUCACAGAUAGCAUCCACAUCACAGUAAAACCUAAAUUUUUCAAAGAUCUUAUGGACAAUGAAGUUAAGGUUUUCAAGGGUAAAUCUGCAACGUUUGAGUGUUCUGCUAAAGGAAAUCCACUCAAUACCUUUUGGAAAAGGAAACUUAAGAGUGAGAAAUCUGCAAAUAUGUUGAAAGAAGGAGAAAACUGGAAUUCAAGAUAUUCCCUGUCUAAUCUGGAUAAGAUGGAGGAUCAUUCCUUGACCAUUAGUGAUGUUGGUUAUGGUGACCGUGGUUUUUACUACUGUUGUAUUCAAGAAUCAGAGACUGCUAACAACACCAAAGAACAAGAUGAUGUUGAGGGAUGUCAGAAGUUUACAUUAAGAGUUAAAGAUCCUCUUGGUGCUCUGUGGCCUGUUAUUGGUAUUAUUAUUGAGGUCAUUCUUCUUGUUAUUAUCAUUGUACUUGCUGAGAAAUUCAAGAAGAAGAAGACUGAAUCUACCAAAACCGAUGGACGUGUUGAGUUCAGCUAUAGUUCCACUGAUGAUGCAGUUGAUAAGGGCCAAGUUCGUUUGCGACCAUCAGCAGCUGCGACAUCAUCUGGAGAAAAAGCAUGAUUCCAUAGUCUAGACGUAUUGAAUUAUCCUGCAUCUUAACGAUUUUCUAUUUGGUAAAAUGUGUUACUGAUUGAUGCAUGCUUGCAAUGGAAAAACACGAAGACAGACAGACAGACAAAAUGUGGCAAACAAGUCAAGCAGAACACUGGAAGACCAACAAGACUGACAGYUGUUUGGAUUAUAAUAUUGUCCAUUUAUCAAUCAAGACAGACAGCUUGUCCACAUUUUCUGUUUUCAUUCCUUUAUGUAAUAUUGUCAAAUUCAUUCCCACAGAAUGAGCAUUUGUAUUUUUGUUAUUAUUAUUCGUUUUGAAGUAAUUGUUAAAAGAUAAUUAUUUAUUAUUCGUCGCAUGUACACUUGUGACUUCUCACAGCAUUUAAAUGUAAUAACAAUUGACAGGAUUUUGAUACACCUUAAAUUGACCAAGUAUUUUGGAAACUAUUAGUCUUAUUUUGCACAAAUAAUUAUUUAUUUGUUUCUAGUGCUGUAAAAAAAUCUUUACAAUAGGUUGUAUUUCAUUGUUGAGAUUUCAGCAAUUUCAAGCCUUCUAGUCCGGCUCCUUUUUUGUAUUCAAUAAGUGAAAAUGUAGAUCUCAAGACGUUUUCCUCAUGAAGUCGACAUAAAUUUUGAAAGUUUUUUUUUUCAGAAAGGCACUGCGCUUGUUUUUGAUAUAAUGAAAAGUUAGGAAUCGACAUUUUUUUUAACUAUAGUGUAUGAAUUAACGGGCAGGAAAGAUCCUCAUUAUAGAAAAUAUUCACAGUCUCAAAAUUUUAGUUGUAAAGUAAUAAGAAAAUAUUGGAAAAAGAUGAUGUGAUGUCUGGUUUUUCUUGGAAUAGUCUAUUGGGUGAUUUAUAGGGAUAGGUACAUACUAUUAGCCAUGUCAAGAUAUAAUUCUGAUGUAAGCUGUUAAAAUUAUACAUGUCUGAUCAUUAAAACAUAAAACUGUA